AUGGCCAACUAUCUAGCUUCCAUCUUUGGUACGGAGCAGGACAAAGUCAAUUGUAGUUUCUACUACAAGAUUGGCGCAUGCCGUCACGGCGACCGUUGCUCUCGCAAGCAUGUCAAGCCCUCCUACUCCCAGACCAUUCUCCUCCCCAAUCUCUACCAGAACCCCCAGUAUGAUCCGAAGAACAAAAUGAAUCCUCAGCAGAUGCAGAUGCACUUCGAUGCAUUCUACGAGGAUAUCUGGUGUGAGCUCUGCAAGUACGGCCUCGUCGAAGAGCUCGUCGUGUGCGACAACAACAAUGACCAUCUCAUCGGCAAUGUCUACGUUCGCUUCAAGUACGAAGAGGACGCCCAGAAAGCUUGCGAUGCGUUGAACUCCCGCUGGUACGCCGGCCGCCCGAUCUACUGCGAGUUGUCUCCCGUCACCGAUUUCCGCGAGGCUUGCUGCCGUCUCAACAGCGGCGACGGCUGCGUCCGUGGUGGCUUCUGCAACUUCAUUCACCGCAAGGAGCCCACCCCAGAGCUGGAUCGCGAUUUGGAUAUGUCUACCAGGAAGUGGCUCCAGGAGCGUGGAAGGGACCCCAGGAGCAUGUCGAAGAGCCCGACGCCUCCAGCUGAUCGUGCCCGGUACUAA